UUGUGGGUACAAGAAUUAUGGGAACAACAUGAAUCUUUUUCGGAUUAUAAGGGUUUAUGUGAUUCUAUAUUUCUGGAACAAAUAUAUCUGCUGCUUUUUUAAUUUUAUGCUGAUUGUUAAUGAACAUAUAAGAGGUACCUUGUCAAGGAGCAUAUAACUAGGUGAUUCUUAUGUGCACAUUUGUCUCAUCUUCAUGCUUUGGUUCUUUCAUCCUUAAACAAUGUCUUAUAGCUAGUUUAUCAAAAAAAAAAAGAGUUAACAAGGCAUACUUAAAGAGACAAACUAGUAUAUUCAGUGACAUCCAUGCAGGCAGUAUAUUCAGCUAUAUUGCUAUAAAUAUUCUAGAAUCUUAAACUGAAAUGUUCACACUACUCUUAGCACUUGUUUUUAACGGAAUGUUCUAAUUGGCAAAACACAAGAACUUGGUUCAAGAAUCUUUGAUUUGGAUUUCGAAGAAAAUGAAGAUACAAGCGGAGUUGGAAGGAAGGCUUGGUGAUGGAGAAGAAGUUGGUUAUGAUGCAGUUGUUGUGGGGUCUGGAUACGGUGGCUCUGUUGCUGCUUGUCAGAUGUCAAUUGCAGGAAUAAAGGUAUGUUUAAUUGAGAAAGGCCGGAGAUGGGAAGCUCAUGAUUUCCAAACUGACAGCUUUAAGAUCAUGUCCACUGUGAGGAUGGAGAACCGGGAUUUAGGCAUCAGAUUUGGCCCCAAAGAUGCUCUAUUCCAGCAGCAGUGGCCUGUGGACUUGGUGGUGGUUCACUUGUGAAUGCAGGAGUGAUGCUGCCAACCCCAGUUUGUGCUAGAAGGAACCCAAAGUGGCCAAAGGAAUGGGAAGGGGAUUGGGAUCAUUGUGAAGCUUCAGCUAUUGCCAUGCUAAGAACACAAAGUAUUCCCAUUAAGUUUCCAGCUGCCAAGGUCUUGGGAGAAAUAGUUGACGAACAGAUUGAACAUUUAUUUGAGACUUCAGAGAAGCUAAACAUGAAUUUUGAUCUUGAAGAGUCAGUGGCUAAUUCAACGACACCUCAAAAAAUUGACAGCUGCUUGGCCUGUGGAAACUGUCUUGCUGGGUGUCCUUAUAAUGCCAAAAGUUCUACUGACAAAAACUAUCUAGUUUCAGCAAUCCA